AUGAAAAAGAGGGGAGAGAGGGAGGGGGAUACUGCUGCAUACGGAUAUAUAUGGAUGGGCCUUGUGGGUGAUGACCUGCCCCUCCUCCCCGACCUCAAACCCCAAGCCACCACGAGGGAGGAUGCUACGGGAGUACGGCACACAGGAUCGGUAGCUCCCUCUGUACUCCACGCCCGCGAGAAAAAUCGAGCUGCCGAUUGGAGUAAAAUCCACCGAUUGGCGCCCUUCGCGGCGCUCCAUGCUCUUUUCACUACGGGGAGGGGGGAGUCAUGGCAUGCGAUUACUGUGAUCGGGGCCCCGUCAGAACCGAGCCCGGCCCAGCUCGUCUGGGUUUCUACAACGUUAGCUGGCUUUUAG